GUGUUGCCAUGCUGACCUCCGCUGGCUCCAAACCAGGAUCAUGACGCCACCCUCGCCCCGCCCCCUGCUCUCGAUCUCAGAGACCCCGCCCACGCUCCGCGGCCCCCAACGUUAAAAUAGCAGGCGAGUCCACCGGAACGCAGACUCUUUACAUACAGGGGGGAGGAUAGAAAGAUACAGGGGAAGAAACCUUUUUCACGAAUCUCCUUUUUCGCGGCUUUCGCACUCUUAUAUCCCCCUGGGAUACUCGAGCUACCACGGAAGACUCUAGGCCAGUAGGAAGAGACGCAAUUCUCCGUCAACGCGAAACCCCUUGAGGUGUCCGCCCCCCCCUCUUUUGGUGGGAGCGGUUGGACGCGCCCGGCGCGCGUCAUCCAUUGUUUACAAACCAACCGCAGCACCAACAACAGCGUUGGAGAAGGCAGGGAGCGUGCGGGAGAGGGCUCGCUUGGCAGUUACGAGCGCCGGCGCUGCGGUGGCCGCCCCAGAAACAGCGUCGCGUGCCAAGCGAAGGGGGAAGCAGGCAGGCGAGCAGCGGCGAUGCCUUGCCGGCGGCCGGGCGGAGAACGCUUCCUAUUCUUGGAGCGCGCCGCCGUCUCUUUGCAGAGCGGCGCCGGGACGGCCGGCAGCGGUUCCAAAGAAGUGGACGCCUUGGUGGCCAAGCUGGGCGAGGUGCUGCAGUUGAGCUCCCAGCACCGGACGCCGGCGGCUCCCCGCCUCCUCCCCAGGCACCACGGCCGGGACCGAGUGGCUCCCUACUCGUCCCCGAGAAGUCUCGGCUUCUUAGCUUCGCUACACCAUCGCCACCCGCCGUCCCACCCGCGCCAAUCGCCCUCGCUGCUCCUCUGGCCGCCGUCGCCGCCGCUGCCGCCCACUGCGGACCAGAAGGGCAGCCCGCGGGUCUCCAAGCAGCUGUGCGGCCAGGGCUGGUUGCGGAGCUCCGCUCGGGCUGGGAGGAAGCAGCCCCGUCGCCACCGCUACCGGUCGCUGCUGCCCGCCGGCGACGACGAGGACGAGGAGGACGGCGACCCUCACCGCCUCCUGCAGCAGCUCAUCCUCUCCGGCAACCUCAUCAAGGAGGCGGUGCGGAGGUUGCAGUUGGCGGCUUCGACGGCGGCCGAGACUUCUUCCACCACGGGCUCCCCGGGCUCCGUUUCGUCCGCCGGGAGCUGCUGCCGCUGCAGUAGCAGCGAUGGAGACCCGGGCUCAGCCUUCGCCGUCGCCUCUUUGCAAGCCUUGCCCUAACGCCGCUUCUUCCCGGGAAGGCGCCGUGGGAAAGAGACCUCGUCUAGUUGGCGAGGUGAUCCCGGUACGCGCGGGGGAGAGGGUCGCCGAGGCGGCGGCGAGCGAGCGUGACUGCAAAGUGCCCCCAGAGGCGGAUUGUUCAAGCUUCGACCAGAUACUUGAAGCAGACCCUCGCGGGGGCUUUGCCAGUACUUUCAAGCGAUGCUUCUUGCACGCUUUUUCAAAUGCUCUUGAGCCACUUGACGAUCUGCUACUUACUGUUCCUCUUUCGGGGAAACGAAACGAAACAAAAGA